GAGGUGCUGGGCUCCCUGGGGAGCGCGCGCCGAGCAGCCCAGGACUAUCGGCGUGCGUGCGUGCACGACUGACUUGCUGGCUGGCGGACGGCGUGAGCCCUGAGGGUCUCAGUCGGCGAGGACACCUGCGACCCGCGGAGGGGACUUGGCUCGAACACCCCCUCCCCUGCCUCAGAAUGGGACCCUGGCUCCUAUCCUGUUUCCUGUGAGCUAGCCAGUGACAGCUUUGUGUGGGGAUGCCUGGGAACCAGCAGAAACCAGAGUCUUUGGAGAUGGAUUCUGACACGUCACCCAGCUGCAGGCUCAGCGACUUGAGCAGGGGCGGCAGUCUGGAGAGCCGGAGCAGCAGCUCUCGGUCCAGAAGUUUCACUAUGGAUGACGAGAGCCUGAAGCACCUCACACAUGAGGAAAAGGAUGUCAUCCUGUUCUUUGAAGAGACUCUCGAUUCCCUGGAAUACGACUUUGACGAGCCAGCCCUGUGUGACAGUGGCAUUCACUGCUACUCUCCACAGUCUCUGGAAGAGAGCCCUUCCAGCCACUCAGAGCCCGAAGAUGUCAUCGAUUUAGUACAGCCAGCUCCUGUGUCUGGGGAAGCUGAGAGCCUUCCAGGUGUGCCUCAAGUAACAGGGGCCCCAUCUGUUGCAAAACAGGGCACUCCACUUCUUGAAGGUGGGAAACAAGCCGCUGAGAAUUCCCUGCCCCCACCAGACUCCAGGGGUCCCGAGGUGUUUCCUCUGCCACCCUCUCUACCGGUCCCUGCUCCCUCUGCGCCACGAAAGGAGCCGAUGUCCCCCUCUCCUCCAGCAGAGCAUCCCAAACUGCCCCGUUCCGUGCCCACUCCUCUGGUGAUUGCUCAGAAAAUUUCUGAGAAGUUGGCAGGAAAUGAAGCCCUGUCCCCCACAUCCCCCUCAAAAGAAGGCAGGCCUGGGGAAUGGAGGACGCCGACUUCUGUAGCCUCUCGAAACGGGGACCAUGUCGGCGUGUGGCACCGACACACUGCCCAGCCAGCACCCAAGGUCCAUCGCUUCCCCAGCAACAUAAGCGUGACCAACAGCGCGGGCAAGGACUUCAACAAGACCAUCUCCAAGGCGGCUGUCAAUGUGCAGGAGCGCAAGGCCCAGGUCCUGGCCAACAUCAAUGGCAUGUCCUUUAUUGCUGCAGGUGACACAUCAUCGGAAGAGCGGUGGCAGAAGGCAGAGGAGCAGAGGAGUGGCUCUGCAGAUGGAGCACGCACCCUGGGCAGAGCGGGCAUGGCUGGCGAGCCUGGGGCUCUGCGUGCAGGAGUCCCGGCCAGAGCGCAGCAGUCCCGGGCUGUGCAGACGGAGCAGCCUCCGGCGCUGGCCAAUGGCUUUCAGAGCGUGCACGAGGCCCUGCGCUGCGAGCCUAGUUCCUUCGUCCCCACCAGCAAGACCAUCACCUUCCGGCCAGACCCCGCUGUGACCGGCAAGCUGGCGCGCCAGAAUGCUAGCCGCAGCCUGUACGAACCGCGCCCGGACGGCAGCCAGGAUGCCCGCAAGCGCACGGGCUCGCUUCCCCGGGCGGUGGGCUUCCGGCCGCAGGGCAUCACAGUGCAGUUCUCUGGCCGAGGCUCCACCGAGGAAGCUCGGCGCGAGGCUCUGCGCAAACUCGGGCUACUGAAGGAGAACUUGUGAGGGCCGUGGAUGGGACUGCUGGAGUGGCCCGGGUAGAACAUGUAUGUCCGCACUGGGGUGUCCCGUUCUGCAAGCACAGGAACUGGGUGGCACGAAGCUUCUGCCUCAGUCCCAGUGCAAUGUGGAGUCAGUCAAGAAGCCAGCAAAGCAAGGACCCCAGUCCAACCGCGCUCCCCAGUUAUCCCUUUUCUUUUCCGGGGUCCCAGAAUAACUUUAGGACCUAUGGGCUUCCAUGACUGCAGAUGCCCCAUGACUUACAUUUGGGAAGACCACCUUGGCUUGAGUGGGUCCAGACUCUCUGAUCCGGCUUUUAUCCUACCGGCCGGACUUGAAAGCCAGUGUAACUCUCUGAUGCUCAGGAUUCCCUCUCCUCUUGGAAAAUAAAAAAAGAAAUGCUUGUUAAAUUUUUAUAGUGUCAUUAUACACUUUGAGGUCUAA